AUGGCGGCGAAUCGCAGGCACUUCUCCUCUAAAGAGGACGUCUCGAAAGAGGGCGAUGAUGGUGGUGGCAGUGAGGAAGGUGGUGGUGGUGGUGAUAGUGGCGGAGUUGGACCACCAUCUGAGCCGAGUAAGGAUGGCAAGGACGAAGUGGACUAUGUGCUGACGUCCUCCAAGGCAACCGGUCCUUCGGUGGUGGUUAAAAAGGACGACACCACGAGCUCGAAAGCGACCGGUGUGACGCUCGAUAAGUUCAACAUAUUUCACCUUCGCCGCAGACCAAAAAGUGACCCCGGCACGGGACCGAUCGCGAAGCACGCCGCUGGCCAGAAGAUGGCACCACCAGUGCCACAAAGUGCCUCGGCGAUUGCUGGAUCAGAUGAGACGCUGAAGAAGAAAAAGUCGCGCUUCGUCAAGAGUGCCUCGAUAGCGCGCAUCUUCGGAAACACCUACAAUACCAAAAAGUACGACGACAGCAGUGCGCUGCUGAAGCUGCAGCAGUUCAAACGGAGCUUCCUGAAUAGUGAGAAGUUCCACAAGAAGGAUAGUGGAGCUGGCGCGACAGAGGAUCCCGAAGAGAGCGAAAUACAGAUCGGAGACGCCUGUUAUGUGAACGAUAGCGAGACCAGCGCAAAGGCGAUCAAGUCGAUCACGCGCGGGCUUGGCCGGUUGCUGCGGCGAAACUGUCACAGCAUCGACAUCAGCCGGCCGGAUCCGGAGUACAAGGUGUCUUACCUCGGCAACGUUCUUACCGGAUGGGCGAAAGGCGAUGGAUGCGUGGAAAAACCGCUGGCAACACUGUGGCGUAACUACACGCAGAACAGCAAACCGGACGUGAUGAUGAAGCUGUGCCUGUGCCCAUCCGGUUUGAAGGCUACCACCCGGCAGCACGGUCUCACCGAGUACUGGUCGCACCGGAUCACCUACUGCAGCUCGCCAAAGAACUACCCGCGCGUGUUCUGCUGGAUCUACCGGCACGAAGGCCGCAAGCUGAAGCAUGAGUUCCGCUGUCACGCGGUCAUCUGUUCCAAAGAAACCAUCGCCCAGGAGAUCAGCACCAUCCUGAAGGAAAACCUAGCCAAAGCCCUGCGUGAGUUCAAGCGCGACAAACUGAACCGCCAGAACGCGCGUCUCAGUCUGGCGAACAGCGUGUACGAUAACCCGAGCAUGCCCCGGCGCAAGAUCAUGCUGAGUGUUGGGGCCAACAACUACCGGCCGCCGCUUGAGCGCUCUAAAUCCGCUCCCAAGCUGAUGGCCAUCGAGGAGAUGAUCGGUGAGGAGGAUGAAGAUGAGGACGAACCGCAGGAAGGCGCACGAGUCUGCAAGCAGGGUGCGGCUGGGUCUCAAGCUGGGGCUCUAGAGGCGUGUUGCCGAGAGGAUGCCCUGUUUCCCUCGACGACACUCGGCCGACGGCGAUGUCGACGUGGUCACUCGAUCCGGCGAUCGCGGUUGCGCAACUCCUUUAAAUCCCCCAAGGAUGUAGAGGCGAAGGUGCCGCUCAAGAACGAGAACAUCGUGCACAUCAGCCCGAUGAACAAGUCGGUCGAUUCCAUUCUGGACACCAUCAGUCAGGAAGACGGCGAGGAAGACGAAGAACCGGAAGAUGGCGAGUCUCAGGUGGAUACGGAGAGCGCCAAGGACGCGAUGGAUCCGGCAUCGUCCAGUUCGAAGUCGACAAAAUCGAUCAAAGGGCCGAAAUUGUCCCACGCCUCCGACUCGUCCGAGGAUGACUUCGAGUCGUUCCUGGCGCACUAUAACUACAACUCCAGCGAGCCGCUCUCGACGGAGCUGAUCUCGUACUUCGACAUGAAGCUCAAUCCGACGGCCGUCUGCAGCAUGCAUGAUCUGUCGCAGCACCACGGCAGUUUGCCAGUGACGCUGGAGGACACGCAGCGACUGGCGCUCAGCUUAGAUGACCUGGAUCAUUACUCGCUGCCAGGAAUCGGUGUUGGAGAUGCAACCUCGGAUGAUCACGGCUCCCGGAAGGACCGCGAGGAAGAACUCACAUCGGAUGAGGUGUUCUUCAACCAAGACGAGGUGCUCGAGAUGCUACGUACGGCGGCCGAAUCUGCGUCUGUCUCGCACCAUAGGCAUCUCUCCGAUGAGCGGCUUCGACAUUCCGGAUGUAUGCACGCUGAGGACGACACGGCGCCACCUUCGUUGUUGUGCGUAACGAGUAAGCUGCAGUCGGUCGGUGGUGCAACCCACCAUCACCAUCCCGACAGUGAUGAGGGUUCGAUAUCGAGUGGAUGUGAAACCUCCAGCACGGUCACGACCAAUACGGAUGAUUCCGGAGCUAGCGGAAAUGGGGCCGUGGGUCGGAAUGGCACCGUUGCCUCUCUCGGCAAACCCGGUUCGGUUCUGGAGCGAGUGCGUAGCUUCGAGCAACUGGCCGAGAACCAGGUCAUCCAUGUACCGCUUGGGGAGCGCACUGGCCAUCAACCGGCAGGAUCCGGAUCAGCCAACCCCACGAACUCCCCGGAGCUGAUGUUCAAGCGCAGCAUUACCUUCCCUGCUCCCGGUGUUAAGUCGAGCUUCCUCAUGCCGAUGUCGAUGUCCGGCAGUGUCGCGGGACGGCCCGGUUCCGAACCAAUCGAUUCACCGCUGGACUCCUUGAACGAUCCGGUCGUUGUGGCGCAAACGGAAGAGCCCCAUCUGCAGGCUACCACCAAGCCGAGGGUGCGCCAGAUGCGCCUUAAGUCGACAGUGGCCGCCGUCAAUACCGAGCUGAUCAACCACCUGCAGGCGAUCGAUUCCGACUCCGAGUUCAGCGACGAGUCCGGGUACGUGGAGUUUCAGGAUAACCAACCGUCGAUCAAGUCGGUGACGGCCUGAGCUGAGGCGAUCGUGUUGCGUACCGUUAGGUAAAACACCCGUCUUUUUAGCUGUUUUAUAUUUUCGGACCAUUCAUGUUACGCUCCGCUGAGGAUGAUUAGUAUUUUUUACAUGCAUACCUUCUCUAGCUGCAUUAGCUUACCUGGCUAUCGUCAUUAUUGUAUUAGGGCACUAAUUUAAUCCUGUAAGGCAAAGUCGGCCACGCGAAAUGCUUCCACAUGGCAAAGCGUGUGUUUGAAAGAAUGGAAACGCAAGUGAAAAUAGGAAAGAACGUACGUUUAUAAUUAGACAGUGCAGUGAACUUAGGUUUACCAAGUAGAAUAAUUUUUGUUAUACUCCCUAACUUCUCUACAUUGUUGUACAGUGUGACAAGAAGGUGCGAUCCCAUGCAGGACAGAUCGGAUAGGAAUGGAGAGUUGUGAAAAGUAAGCAAGUGCAGGACGUUUCGUCAAGCAGUUAUCCUAUCCGGUAGCUGUUUGUUGUUAAUGAUUUAGCUUUACAGUACAGUUUACUUACCUAUAGCAUAUAUCUUUUGCGUAUAUCGACCGUCAUCACAGCCGUUAAAGUUUCCGGGAGAUUGUCUGUUACUCGAUGAAGAACAGCUUAUCUCCAGGACCGGUUGUGCAGAACGAUUAAUUCAGAUACCAAAUAAAUUAUUGUGUAACCUUUAUCUACAUCUCAAGACAGCGGGAAAUGCUUGCUCCUAGCGUUUGCAGGAAAAGUUGUGUUAAUAGAUUUUCUGCACACGAGGGUUAAGUGUUUGCUUCAGCGCAUCUCAGUCAGAGACUAUGUCCUCUUAUUGGUGGGGGGAAGGCGCAAACCUUCAUCACCAGGGAACAGCGUGAUCAUCUCCUCAAACAUCAUCCUAAUUUGCUUCUUCCAUUAGGUGAGGUGCUGUACUCUGCCACAUAUGGGGACAAGUAGACUGCAAUCUGCCCAACGUACAAGACGGCACGUCGAAGGCAGCACGCCUUUUGACAUGGCUUAACAUAAUUCGCAUUAUGGGAACAAGGGGACACUAUUGAUAACGUACAGUUAACUGCGGGAGCAAGGGCAACUAAUGCUAAAUCGCAUGAUGAAUUAUGCUGACAAGGAAUCAGCGGAAGUGGAAUCACGAACGAGUGUAGCUGGAAAACCAAGACAUUAGACUAUUAAGCCAGUGGAAUUGUUGUUUUUUCUCUACUCCACGGGGAUCGCGUUUACGGAUCUGGGCGGAAAGAGUAUAUUUAUUGGUACCCACGUUCGAAAAUGUUAUUCUUCCUUGUAAUUGUCAAAAGUUUCUAUGAAAAAUAAAACUUUGA